UAAAGUGUGCUCGUUUGAAUAUUAACUUCUGCCGUACCGUUACAUCAGUUUGCCUUGGUUAAUCGUUGUGUUAGCAUUAAAUGGUGUGUGAGUCAUCACGGUGAGAGUUGAUCAUGCAAAUAUAAGGGAGAUUCGUUGUAAAAACAAAGUGAAUUGGAUUUUCAAUAUUAUUACUGGAAAACGACAACUCCAUAUACAUACAUACAUAUAAGAACGGAUAGAUAGCAACAAUGCAGCUUCGGCGCAUAUUGUUAGUUUUGUUUGUGUCAAUUUGUAGUGAAUUCGCUGGUGUAAGCUCUGGCGGCUUUCCAAAUUAUCAUGCAAAUUACGAUUUUAUCGGGUGGGAUAACCAUCUGACUUUGAAACAACUGAAUGCAGCCCAAAAGUGGUGGCAAUCGGCGACCUUCUAUCAAAUCUAUCCAAGGUCAUUUAAAGACAGCGAUGGCGAUGGCGUAGGCGAUUUGAAGGGCAUUGCCCAACAGCUUCCUUAUCUGAAGGAAAUUGGCAUCACUGCGACAUGGAUAUCACCUAUCUUCACUUCGCCUAUGGCCGAUUUCGGUUAUGACGUGGCUAAUUUUACCAAUAUCGAUCCAAGGUUUGGCACUCUUGACAACUUCGAUGCCCUUAUUGCUAGAUCUCGCGAAGUUGGCGUGAAGAUUAUUUUGGAUUUCGUUCCAAAUCAUUCAAGCGACGAGCACGAAUGGUUCAAAAAAUCUGCAGCUGGCGAUAAAGAGUUCAAAGACUUUUAUGUUUGGCAUCCUGGACGCAUGGUGAACGGAACACUCCAUCCGCCAACGAAUUGGGUGAGUGUGUUUCGCGGUUCGGCAUGGCAGUGGCAUGAAACACGAAAAGAAUAUUAUCUGCAUCAGUUUCUGAGUAAGCAGCCCGACUUGAAUUAUCGCAACCCAAAAGUGCGCACAGAAAUGAGUGAUGUCUUGCGGUUUUGGCUGCGUCGUGGUGUCGCCGGCUUCCGUAUUGAUGCAGUGCCGUUUGCAUUCGAAAUUGCACCCGAUGCAAAAGGUGAUUGGCCUGAUGAGCCUCGUAACGAUUGGGUCAUUGAUCCAGAUGAUUACAAUUAUGUCAAACAUAUCUACACAGUGGAUCAACCGGAGACUAUCGAUUUGGUUUACGAAUGGCGACGCGUGUUGGACGAAUUUCAAAGGGAGAAUGGCGGCGAUGAACGUGUGAUGCUAACCGAGGCUUACUCACCCAUUGAUGUUGUGAUGAAGUACUAUGGCAACGGCACAGCAGAGGGCGCACAGAUGCCAUUUAAUUUUUUCAUGAUCAGUUGGCUCACGAAUGACUCGGAUGCCUUUCACUUUGCAGAGACGGUAAACACUUGGUUGAAAAGCAUGCCGCAAGGACGCACGGCCAAUUGGGUGAUAGGAAACCAUGAUCAGAAUCGUGUCGGCUCGCGACUUGGUGCCGAUCGCAUUGACAUGAUGAACAUGCUGACGAACAUGCUGCCCGGUGUGAGCAUAUCAUAUUAUGGCGAGGAGAUUGGGAUGACAGACGUGUGGAUUUCAUGGAAUAAUACAGUGGACCCCUCAGCUUGUCACACCAAUCCCGACAUCUAUGAAAAAUUCUCCCGUGAUCCUGAACGCACGCCUUUCCAGUGGAGUGAUGACAAGAAUGCUGGUUUCAGCACAUCUUCGAAAACUUGGCUUCCAUUGGCGGACAACUAUAGAACGGUGAAUGUCCAACGAGAACGCGAUGAACCGCUGAGCCAUUUAAAUAUUUACAAGCAGUUGCAUGCGCUGCGAAAUGAAUCGACCCUGCGUCAUGGCAGUGUUGAAGUGAAAGCGGUGAACAAUAACGUGUUGGGUGUAAAGCGCAUGUUGUUGAAUGAUAACACUUAUGUGUUGCUGAUGAAUCUGCACGAUUCGGCAGAAGAGGUGGAUUUGAAAAACGUUUUUGGCAAUAUGCCGGAUGAAUUUGAAUAUGCUAUCGUGACCAGCAAAAGCAAGGCGAAAGAGGGAGAUGCCGUAAAAUCCUCGGAAAUUAAAUUGUUGCCCAAAGAAGCUGUUGUAUUGCGUUCAUCCACCAAAUUGACCACUACAGUGGGCUAUUAUGCUUAUUAUAUGCCAAAGAAUGGCCAAGAAUAGAUCAAAGUUAUUUGUAAUGUGUGAUUCGUUUUAAAUUGUUUACUUUUGUACUGAUAUUUUAAUGGACUGAAAACAUAUGUCUUUUUAAUCUUUAACUUACGACGUGGUUGUAAGUGUUACACUCUCUUCUUUUUAUACGCCUCUAUGUAU